AUGGGCAACCUCUGCUCGCGAUCAUCCAAUGAGCCAGAUCCUUUCAGUCAACCAGGCCGUGUAGUUGGCACCAACUCUUCAGGUCGGGAUGCCGCACCCCGCGCCCCACUUCCGACCAAGACAAACUGGAAGGCCACACCCGGACGCACCUUGGGUGAGAGCAAUACAACUAGUAGCGUUGCAGGAGCAGAUGAGGCACGGGCAAACGCUGCAAUUGCUGCACAGAAACGCGCUGAGGGUAUAUCAGCCAAUAAGGGGAAACUGGGGGCUAAACUAGCAGCUCAAAAGGCGCAGACGCAUGCACAGACAUUAGAUCAAGUCAGUCGGACAGAGAGGGCUACACGAGAUGCAGAUGGGGCAGAGGUGGCUAGAAGAUGGGAAUAA